CCAGACUGAGGCUAGAACCUCCUGCUCCAGGCGAGUGGCUUGGUCCUCCAGGUCUCUGGGAGCCCGCCGUGCGACUGGCGGGGCCACCAUCAGAGGUUGAGUGAAUUGCUCCAAUUAUUUAUUAGCUAUUUGAUAAAGGUAACAAGAAAAGAUAAAGUAUGUCCGACGAAGUUUUCAGCACAACUUUGGCAUACACCAAGAGUCCAAAAGUUACCAAAAGAACUACUUUUCAGGAUGAGCUAAUAAGAGCGAUUACAGCUCGCUCGGCCAGACAGAGGAGUUCUGAAUACUCAGAUGACUUUGAGAGCGAUGAGAUUGUUUCAUUGGGUGAUUUUUCUGAUACCUCCAUAGAUGAAAAUUCCAUUAAGAAAAAAAUGAAUGAUUUUCAUAUAUCAGAUGAUGAAGAAAAUAAUUCUCCAAAACUAUCUUUUUUGAAAACCAAGAAAUCAAACAGUGACAUAACCAAAGAUGGGCCAGGAUUUUCUGUCAAAAACAACGAAGAUGUGGCACUUGAUGGUUAUGAAGACAUGGUGGUAAAUUCCUCAUCAGAAUCUCAGGAUAAAGAUCAAGAUGUUGAAAAAGAAAGAAUUAAACUAAAACCUAAACCCAGAAUUUUUUCGCUCAAAAGCACAUCUUCAGCAGAAAAUAGCAGCAGCCUUGAAACAGAUGACCAUUUUAAGCCUUUACCUCUGCCAAGGAGCUUGUUAAGAAAGAGCAGGCACGUGGAGGAGAAAGAAAGACUAGGAGAAGAUAAAGAAACUGCUCUCAGUGAAGACUUCAAUUCUGCACCUUCCCUUCCAAGUCUGGAUGGCAGACAAUUAGAAGCUGAGGAAAAAACAUUCUCUGAAAACUUUGAUCUUGAGGAUCCAUUGUUAUCAAGUUUAUCGUCAUCAGCUCUUAAAGAAAGUCUUGGAAAUUCUUUUUCACUGGCACCUGAGGGAAAAGCAUCUAUAGAAGAUCAGAAUGGAGAAUUUCCUGAAAACCAUAAUUCCUUGAAAUUAAAUGAAAAUGAAGAGAAUUCAGAUAUGAUAAACUGUGUUGCUGCUGAACUUGAGAAACCCCAGGAAAUUCAAGUGCCUGCUGACAGCCUUGAAGAAGAAAAGGAAAAGGCUGAACUGAUGACAGAUGGUGACUUGACAAUGGAUCCCUUGCUAUUUCAGUCUCAUACCAACGCAGCAGAAUCUGCAAAGAAGGUGAUCGAAGAUAAAAAUAUGAAGAAUMAAAAGUCCACAAACAACAGAGCAUCCAGUGCAGGUGGCAGAUUAAUGACCUCUGAGUUUUUAAAGAAAUCCAGUUCUAUAAGGAGAAGUCCAUCAGCAACUACCUCUUCUCACUAUCUGGGGACUUUGAAAGUUUUGGACCAAAAGCAGAGUUUAGAACCUGACAGAGCAGAUCACAUAAGGGCAGCUGUUUAUCAGGAGUGGUUGGAAAAGAAAAAUGUAUAUCUUCAUGAAAUGCACAGAAUAAAAAGGAUUGAAAGUGAAAACUUAAGAAUCCAAAAUGAACAGAAAAAAGCUGCCAAGAGAGAAGAAGCAUUAGCAUCAUUUGAGGCCUGGAAGGCCAUGAAAGAAAAGGAGGCCAAGAAAAUAGCUGCCAAAAAGAGGCUUGAGGAGAAAAACAAGAAGAAAACUGAGGAAGAAAAUGCUGUGAGGAAAGGAGAAGCCCUACAGGCUUUUGAAAAAUGGAAAGAGAAAAAAAUGGAGUAUCUUAAAGAGAAAACUAAAAAGGAGAAAGAAUAUGAAAGAGCAAAGAAACAGAAAGAAGAAGAAACUGUUGCUGAGAAAAAGAAAGAUAAUUUAACUGCUGUUGAAAAAUGGAAUGAAAAAAAGGAAGCUUUUUUCAAGCAAAAGGAAAAAGAGAAAAUAAAUGAGAAAAGGAAGGAAGAACUGAAAAGAGCUGAGAAAAAAGAUAAAGAUAAACAAGCUAUCAAUGAAUAUGAAAAAUGGCUGGAAAAGAAAGAAAGACAGGAAAGAAUUGAACGAAAGCAAAAGAAGCGCCAUUCAUUUCUUGACCACGAGGCACUUCCUCCAUGGAGCCCUCCCAGUAGAACUGUGUUCUCGAAAGUCUUUUGACAAUCUUUGUUCUUAUUUACCAAAAAUUGCCAAUUUUAGUCACGGGUUUAGAACAUUCAUUCAAUUACUUAUAGUUGGAAAAAUCUAUUUUAAUUAAAUGGUAGGCCUUUCUGUUAAAAAUGAAAAAGAUACUUUGGACUUUAAUCAGUAAAAGCAUUUUUGAACUGUAGAUAAACUGCCUCAAAUGAAAAGCUAAUAAUCAGGUUGCUCUUACUAUGAAAAUGCAUAAAGCUUUAUAUGUCCUGAUAAUUCUGAAAGUGGAAUGCUCCUUGAUCACUUUCAUUAACCUCUGCACGCAAUUUAAAUAUGUUAAGCCCAAUAAAAACAAGGAAACCAUCUAGGUACUCUAAUCAUAGAAAUAAUUGGAUUCGUCGAUGAUCAUGCAUUUGGAUUCAGGUUUUUUAAUGAAUGUAUGGUGGGGAAUGUGCAUAUAUUAUUUCUUCUAAAACUGAUGUUUAGCUAAAAGCAGUUGCCUGUGCACUGUGCAAGUUAGAAUUUUGGUCAAUUGAGGCCGUUGUUCAAUAAAACUGUAAUCAGUGAGGCAUUUUAUUUAUUUAAGAAUUUUACCUACUAUUUAAUAUGUGCGUACUUUACUCCAGGUUUAAAUGACAAUCAUAGGCACUUUAUAAUGAAAGCUUUUGCUCUAAAUUCUAUCACUUUAUUUACUAGUUCACAGAUACCAAAAGACAGCAAUUUCAUGGUAGUGAUAUACUUACACAUUAGUUAUGGAAAUUCCACAGGAGUUCAAGGUCAUUAUCAUAUAAUUUUCUACAAUAAAGCCAUAAAAGUUAUGAAGGUGACACUUGUCCUUUUCACUAAUCCAGACAUAAAGUCUGUAUUUAGAAAACAGCUAAAUGAGAAAGUAACUUUGUAAAAAAUAUCCAAAGAACUUUUAUUCAUUUCUUUGUUCUCUGCACAUCCUUGUAUUAACUAGUCUCAUACUUGUCUCAGAGUUGAAAUGCUGCUUUAAUCAAUAAUUCAGUGCAGAGACAAUGAAUGAAAAUAAAUAGUUACUAUUUAUAGAGAACUUACAUCAUCUCUGCUGGAUCUUUACAAAUGUUAUAUCUCAUCUUCACAACACUUAUUCAGGGUAGGUAUUAUUAGCUUCAUUUUUGCAGAUAAAAAUGCGAAGACUUUGAAAAACCAAUAACUUGCCAUACAUCUUGCAUAAGACUUGAGUCCAGACCACACUGAUUAAGUAUCUGAGUAUGCAGACAUACUUAUGGGCUGCAGAGCCCUCGUACUGUUUUUCACAUGCCCAUGUUACCUCAGAAAUUGUAGGAUCUAUCAAAACCUCCAUAUUCAUCAACACAUUUUUAAUUUUCAGAGCUUAAAAUCUUGUAUUGGUAUCCAGAGAUUGUCUUUCCCUGAAGAAAGAACUGCUAGCUAUUAAGAUGAUGGACAUAAUUAAAUCUAUAAGAUGAAGUAGGAAUUCAGAAGAUUUAAGGAGUUUCUUAAACCUUUUUUGUGUAAUAUUAGAGUGUUAGAAAACUCAGCAGGUUAUGUAAUGCAGGCUUUGAGAUUUCAAAAGGAAUUGCAGGGGAUUUCAUACACUGAGCACUAAACUUUCUGUAGCGUUUGUACAGGAUGAGAUGUCAAGGAUCACUUUGAAGGAUCAUAUGUAAGUAAACAAUUUCAUAGAUAAAACUAGAAGACUUUUUAUACUACUAGAACUAGAAUACUUCAUGAAAUUGAAGUAAUAACCAGUAGUAUGUAUUAUCAGCAUGGGAUUUAGGACUUCUCAUUCAGCCAUGUGGCCCCCUUAGUACCAAACUUAAUUCCUACCAGAAUAGAUUGUUAAGUGUUUCUGGUAUUGAGCUAGAUAUUCAGAGCUAAAAAGAUUUGCAGCAUCUAGGGAAAUAACAUCUGAGAUAGGAUGAAAUGAGAAAUUGAGAUGUUUGUAUAUUCCCAGCAAAUCAUUUCCCUCAAAUAUGUCUAGAGAUUUUUGUUUUACUAUAAUAAUAUGUUAUUUUCUGUUUAUAGCAACUAGUAUUGAAAUCAACUAGAUGAAUGAAAUCACCUCUUGAAUAGCAGAAAUAAUGCUGAGUUUGGAGAAUUAAGUAAAAAUGUAGUACUAAACUAUUAUUUACUUUCUAAGAUCCAAAGGGAACAAUCAACCCUGAUAAUAUUCCCUUGAAUAUAACUUUAU